AUGAACACCACACGCUUUGCAUUCUCCUUCCAGCCCCUGCUGCUGAACACCACCGAGGACUCCAGCGACUCCAGCCCCGCCAACCGGAGCGGCGACGGCUUCUGCGAGCAGGUCUUCAUCAAAGCCGAGGUCUUCUUGACUUUGGGCAUCAUCAGCCUGCUGGAGAACAUCCUUGUCAUCCUGGCAGUGCUGAAGAACGGGAACCUGCACUCUCCCAUGUACUUCUUCCUCUGCAGCCUGGCUGUGGCAGACAUGCUGGUGAGCAUGUCCAACGCCCUGGAGACCGUCAUGAUCGCCAUCCUCAGCAACGGCUACCUGGUCAUCGACGACCACUUCAUCCAGCACAUGGACAAUGUGUUUGACUCAAUGAUUUGUAUUUCUCUGGUAGCCUCCAUUUGCAACCUCUUGGUCAUAGCCAUCGACAGGUACAUCACUAUUUUCUAUGCCCUCCGUUACCACAGCAUCAUGACGGUGAAGAAAGCCCUGACCCUCAUUGUGCUCAUUUGGGUGGCGUGCAUCAUCUGUGGCAUCAUUUUCAUUGCCUACUCGGAGAGCAAAACUGUCAUUGUGUGUCUCAUCACCAUGUUCUUCACCAUGCUGCUGCUGAUGGCCUCCCUGUACGUGCACAUGUUCCUGUUUGCCCGCCUGCACGUCAAGCGCAUCGCGGCGCUGCCCGUCGAGGGCGUGCCCCCCCAGCGCACCUGCAUGAAGGGGGCCGUCACCAUCACCAUCCUCCUGGGGGUCUUCAUCGUCUGCUGGGCGCCUUUCUUCCUCCACCUCAUCCUCAUCAUCUCCUGCCCCUUGAACCCCUACUGCAUCUGCUACACGGCGCACUUCAACACCUACCUGGUGCUGAUCAUGUGCAACUCGGUCAUUGACCCGCUCAUUUACGCCUUCAGGAGCCUGGAGAUGAGGAAGACUUUCAAAGAAAUCGUGUGUUGCUGCUAUGGCAUGAGUGUGGGACAGUGCAUGCUGUAG